AUGCCCGAUGAAAAAUGGAGGGAUGAAUUGCAAGAGUACGCGCUUCUUGUGGAAGCAGUUUCGAGUGGAGAUAGAUCAAAGGUUGUCAAACUCUUCGGCGACUACAUUCUACGGAAAAAGGCCCAAGAGGCAGAAGAAGCCGAAGCAGCAGCCGAGGAAGAGUAUAAUGGCGACGAAUACGAGCAAGGCGAUCUUGACCUAGAUGGUAACUACGGAGAAGAAUACAACGAAGACGAAUACGAUCCCUACUACCAAGAAGACGAUGAAAAUGGUGAAGGCGACUACAAUCACCCAGCACAAACGAAGAGAGUCAGAUUUGCGGAGGAGGAGGAAGAAGAAGAAGAAGAAGGGGGAGGAGCUGAAUACUAUGACGAAGAUGGAAAUCUGACGUAUGGCGAUCAAGAUUAUGAAUACACUGGUGAAGAAGAUGGCCUGUAUGGACAAGACUAUAACCAGGAUGAGUACGAUGACGGAGAAGAUGGCGGCGCUUACAUGUCUGGAGCAUUGCCUUCAACAAACGAAGAGACCAGCAACUACUACGACGAGGAAGAAUAUGGCGAUGAUUACGGCUACGACGACGGUACUGGGGCAUAUGAGCAGGAAGACCUGCUGCAGAACGAUGCGUAUGAGACCCCGGACCAAGUCCCGUACAAUGACUACUUCGGAUCGCAUGUAGAAGCCAAUACAUAUGGGGGAAAUGGAUACUACGAUCUGACUCCAGAAAAUGGCAUCCAUGACUACAACAUGAAUCAGCAGAAUGGAGGUGAGUGGAAGAAAGCCUUUCGUGAGAACGAACAGGUCACAGAUGAUCAAGUACAGGAACAUGGCAUCAACAACGAUACAGAUGAUCUUGGUCAGCCGUACCCUGAAGAUAUGAUGAUGCCGGACGAAGUCGAACUCAACGACUUGCUCAGUCGCCUGCAGCAAGGAACUAUUGGCCCCGACUUCAAUGAUCCGUAUGUAGAGGAGGAUGAGGAUGAGUUCCACGCAAAUCAACAUCAUGAAGCUGAGGAGGAUCAAUAUCAUGAAGGUGGCGAGGAGGACGAUGAGGAUGAUCUGGAAGGAGAAUCACAGAGAGAGACCUUCGGUGGACACGCGUCCGGCGAGGACCACAUGGCUGGUGUCUCAACCCCACAUAACGAUGAAGAUGCUGGAACUUCCCGCCAAGCUCCGUACCCAGACGAUGAGGAGUCUGUCUAUGACGAUGAGGAUGUUGAAGACUUUGACUUCUGGGAUGAUGAAGAUCCUGCAGAUGAAGCCAACAUUACAGGGUACUCUGAAGACCUCAACCAGCUACAACAGCAGUACUGGGGUGAUGAAGAUGACGACGAAUAUGAAGAGGACCCUGCACAGCAAUUUGAAGAAGAAGGAUUUUGGGAAAAUCCUGUUCGCCCUCACUAUGACGAGGACGUGGUGCCAUUCCCAGGCUUCCACCGAACAAUCAGCAACGAGCGAGUUUUGCCAUAUGCAUUAAUGCCCGGCGACCAAUUCGACGAAAACAUACAACGUGAUCCUGUGAAGGAGGUCAACCCGCAUUACAACGUAUUUGACGCCGGUCAGAGAUUUUACGACCACUACAGCAGUUCCACGGAGGAUUCGAAAGUGGACGCAAGAAAGAGUAUUCAGAGACCAAACCUUCAUCCCAUGUCUCUGGUGGACAAGUUCAAGGAGAGGCUCUAUGCAAGCUGA